UACCACCACCAAAGGUCGAAUGCUUGGGUCGGAUACCACGACCGUGGUAAAAACACUAACUGCUAACACACAUACCGUGCGCGGGACAUAGUGCGUCAAGUAGCCAUACUAGCGUCGAGCUUGUUACUUGUACAAAAUGUGUAGAGCUUUGUACGACUGAUGUCACUCUGGCCUCCAGAAAUCGUUCAAAAUCGAUUGUAUUAUCAAAAUUAUAUCGAUCCGUUACAUCGUUUGCGUGUUUUUCACGGUCGUGAUCGGAUGGCAGAAUCGGAAUAUUGUUAUUUAAUAAUUACAUGGGUAUGUGAUAUCUCACUAAUACAUCUACAGUAGUAUUAUUACGAUCCACACGAUUGUAAUUUAUCUUUUUUGCUACAACGCUAUCAAUUGACGUUCAGAAAACGUACAAUACGUUUACUAGACUGUGACUGGUGACUAGUGUUUCUGCACUGUUCAGUGCUCAUACAACACAUCAUUUUGUUGACCGAAAACGUUUAUCCAAAAUGAGGCUGAUCGGCUAUAGGCUGGCAAAAAACCUGGAGAAAAUGGUCGAUUUCUACUCGCAGUUUAAUCCAUCAUCGUUAUCCAUUAAACAGUUCAUUGACUUUGGUUUAAAGGCAAAUGAACAAAAAUCAUAUCAAUUUUUAAAGAAAGAACUUCCAGUUCGUUUGGCUAAUAUUAUGAAAGAAAUUCACUUGCUGCCAGAUAAUCUGUUAAAAAUGCCAUCUGUGAAUUUAGUGAACAACUGGUAUGCACAAUCUUUCAAUGAAAUGAUUGAAUUUGAAGUUGAUGAUGGAUGCACGGAACAAACGUUAAAUAAAUUUUGUAAAAUAUUAGUAAAAAUUCGUAACCGUCAUUCAGAUGUUGUCCAAACAAUGGCACAAGGUGUUUUAGAGCUAAAAGAUUCACAUGAAAUUGAUUUGCAUACUGAAAACAGCAUCCAAUACUUUCUCGAUCGUUUCUAUAUGUCUCGAAUUGGUAUUCGUAUGCUGAUUAACCAGCAUACAUUAUUAUUUGGAGACCAUAUUAACAACAAUCACCAUCAUCAACAUAUUGGAUGUAUUGAUCCAUAUUGUGAUGUGAUAAGCGUUGUGAAAGAUGCUUACGAGAAUGCUAGAUUUUUGUGUGACCAAUAUUAUUUGACCUCGCCCGAAUUAGAAAUCUGUAAAAGUAUUGAUGCUGAUGAUGAGCCAAUAAAAAUUGUUUAUGUGCCAUCACAUUUGUAUCAUAUUUUAUUUGAAUUAUUCAAAAAUUCAAUGAGAGCUACUGUUGAGCAUCAUAAGACUGAUAUUUUGCCACCAUUGCAUGUAACAAUUGUAAAAGGAAAAGAAGAUGUCUGUGUUAAAGUGUCUGACCAAGGUGGUGGCAUUCCAAGGAGUUUGAGUGAACGUAUGUUUCACUACAUGUAUUCAACAGCUCCACAACCUUCAAAAUCAGAUGCACAUACAGUGCCAUUAGCAGGGUAUGGUUAUGGACUUCCUAUUUCUAGGCUUUACGCUAGAUAUUUGCACGGAGAUUUAGUCUUGUUAUCUUGUGAUGGGUUUGGUACCGAAGCCAUUAUUUACUUGAAAGCUUUAUCAAACGAAGCUAAUGAAUUGUUGCCAAUAUACAAUAAGAUGUCAACCAGGUUUUAUAAAAUAACUGAUCACACUAUUGACUGGAGAAGUACUUGCAAUCACACACCGAUCAGUCAGCAGCAGUUUACACAAACACAAUAAGUACAAACUGACCAUUUGAGAAGCUAUUUAGUCGCCAUUUAUAUACAAAAAUAAUACAAUAAUGGAAUUUUUUUUUUUGUUUUUAAUUUAUUUUAGUAAUUAAUUUUUUUAGAUAUUAGAAAUUGUAUCAUAAUUGGUAAAAAGGAAUUUUCUUAUACAUAAUUUCUCUACUCUCAUGAUAUUUUUGUAUUAGCUCAUUUAGUAAAUUAUAUUAUUGAGAGACUUAAUCAAGGUUAAAUUUCUUGGAUAUGGAAAAUUUGAAUUUAUUAUAUUAAUGGAACUUUGAACUAUAUUAUCAUUAUUAAUUUUCCAAUUAAUGGAUACAUUCUAAUUGUCUGUUUAAAAUUUUAAGGUGUCAAUCACAUUAAUUGUAUGAUUGAAAUAAAAAAAAACUGUUAGAUCGUUAAGCUCAUGGUUAUUAGAACGUAGUUACAAAAAAACACACUGAGAGUUAUUUGACUUGCAUAGAUUUAAUAUAGUAAACUAUGUGUUCUAGUUU